AAUUGUGAUCUUUCUCACUCAUGUUGAACAACAAAACUUUCAGUAAACAGAUGAUAUGUAAUCAUUUAAAUAGAUCAUGUUUUUUUCAGGUGUUGAUGCUCUAUCUUUUAGUAUAUUGCAUAAAAAAAAAUUCUCUGACUUGUUGAAGCAUAAUCCUAAUAAAUAUUUAUGGGAUGAUUUUUGGCUAUUUUCUUGAUAGUGCUCAAAAGUUGGUAUUGAAUAACUUUACUAUAGUACUACCAAAUGAACUAAUAAUUUGGGUUUAGUGGUCUCAGACAUAAAAAAUAAAACAUUGAAAUUUUGACCAGUGCCUCGGUUGACGUGCUCUUAAAUUUGAAACUUAUGAUAAUAAUUUCAGAUCAGAAUUUCUUGAAAUAAACAAGAAAAUUCUUAUUUUGUGGCGUAAAAGAUCGCAAGUCUUAAAUAUAUUUUCUUCAAAAUGAUUAUUGUUGGUAUUAUCGACAUAAAAAGAAUUUCUGUUCUCAAUAUUUUAAGAUAAUCAGAGUCCAACUGAUAGUAUCAUACUUGAAACUUAUGACCAUUUAAUCAAUAAUUAUUUAGAAUUAUUUGUGAUACUCGUAGUUAGAUAGAUAGCUUCUGAUUGUUGAUACAUGCUAUUAUGAUAAUUCAAUUCAAAUUUUAAGUCUAAAAUGUACAAACAAGUUUUUUGCCUCAUUUUAAAAAAAAAUUCACACAUAGUACAUACAUUAUUUCAAUUGGUUAAAGAAAGCGGAGGCAAAAAACUCGACAUGAUGUUAUUUUAAAAAAAAAGAAAAUAAACAAUCAAAUUUAAGAUCGUAAAGAGUUAAGGAGUCCCAUCAAAAAAGUCACUUUUCGCUAGAAUCAUUGAAAUUGAGAUGAAUACAUGGGGAGAUAGCCUGUCAUUUACUCUUUCAUAAAUGAUAAAAAAUUUUCUUCAAUACGUCCUUUUUUCCGAAAAAUUUUCAAGAUUUUUGACAACCCCUAUUUGAAAAGUCAGCGGUUUUUGGAAAAUCCAAAAAUCUUUUUCGUUUUGACUCAAAAUGGUGGUCGAACGAUGCAUCUCCAACGAAAGUCAAAUAUUUUUUUUUGUUUGAAAGAGUAUCAAAAACUGCAGUACCUAUAGAAGCCCCUUUUUUUUGAUAAAGCUUUGUUAUUAUUAUAUUGAUAAGCAAUUUUAUAAUAUGAGCGCCAUUUUUUUGACAGAUUUUUCAGUGAUUGAAUUUUCAGGCCUUUUUUUUUAUACCAGAAAGAUAAGAGUAAAAAAGAACGGGCCCUCAUAGGUACUGCAUCCUUUCAACUUGUUUGGCUCGUAUCUCCCUUAUGCAUUAGGAUAGGAGGCUAAAAAUUUUACCACAGACGUCCUUUUACAGCUCCAACAUAUCAUUAAAGUUUCAUGACAUGUGGAUGGCCUUAAAUGAUGCAAUCGAGAAAUAUUGAGAUUAUCAUUUGUAUGAAAAUAAUUCGAUAAUAGAAAGAAAAUUUUGUUGAACAUAAUCAUUUAUUCAUAGAAUAAGUUACAUGCACGUAUAGAAUUUCAUAUGAUGUCACUAGUCGAUUCAUCAUACUUUUUGCUAUUCUUUACUGUUCGAUAUGCAUGAAUGAUUAUUAUAAAUAUUAAAACAUAUAUAUGAACUAAUAAUAUUCAUUUGUGUUAGGUAACAACGUAAUUCUUAGAAGUACUUAAAUAAAAGUGACACCAUAAAAACACAAUAAAAAUUUGAUGCUAACUAAGAAAAAAACAAUGUGGCGUAGGCGUCGUCAUUCGCUUCGUAAUUGUAUUAUUUUUGUUAUAUUACUAGUACUUAUGUUUACAAUUUUUUUGUCCUUUUCUUCUCCAUCCACUUUUCGAUCAAAAGAUUGGUUAUAUACAACACAAUUAUCAACUAUAAAAACUACUUCAAAAUCUAUUCUAAGACAAGCUGAUCUUCCAGAUAUAUUUGAAUUAUCUCUAUGGCGUCAUAUUCUUAUUGGUGCUAUAGGUAAUCAAACUUUUUGUGAAGUUCCUGCUCAAUAUCGUUCUAUUGCUAAUGCUUAUUGUCGAGCACAAGGUCGAGAUGAUUGUCCUAUGAUUCCAUGUACUCUUAUUUAUCUUAGUGAUGAAUUUACAACAUAUGUUGAAUGUCUUCGAGGUGGAAGAAUGGCAAUUGGAGUAGAACCUGAUUGGGUAUGUCGAAAAAGUCCAGCUUUAGAAUUAUUUUCUAAUCCUCGUCGAAAACCAUCUUUAUCUGCUGAAGCAUAUACUACAUUAACUUCGGAAUUAUAUGGUCAAGCAUUAGCACAAUAUCGUGAUGAAGAAACAUGUAGAUGGGGUUUAACAUUGGAAGGUGAAUCAAUAGGAUAUUAUCCAUCUGUUGCUCAUAGAAAACGAGUUCUAUCAUUGUUUGAUAUUACUAUUGGGUAUGAUCGGCGAUUUUUUGAUCUUGUUACGGAUGUACAUUUACCUGAUUAUGUAGAUAAAAUAACAAAUAACAACAAACAACGAUUGACAGUAAAACAAGUACUUAGAAAAAGAUUUCGAGGGAUGUCACCUGUUCUAUGGAUAAAUAGUAAUUGUAAUACUCCAUCAAAUCGUACUGCAUAUAUGCUUGAAUUAAUGCGUUAUGUUCGUGUUGAUGUUCGUGGUAAAUGUGGAAAUCCAUUAUGGAAUGAAUCAUUAUCUGUAAUUGAUCCUAAAAGAUUAGCUACAGAAAAAUUAAAUCUUGUUCGACAAUAUCUUUUUACAGUUUCUAUUGAAAAUAGUUUAGAAUAUGAUUAUGUUACGGAAAAAUUAUGGCAACCAUUAGCUGCUGGAAGUAUUCCACUUUAUUUAGGUGCACCAAAUAUUGAUGAAUGGCUUCCAUGUUAUAAUUAUUCAUGUAUUAUUCAUUUAAGAAAUUUUAAUUCUGUAAAAGAUGUUGCCAAUUUAAUACAUAGUCUUGCAGAAAAUAAAACACUUUAUGCUGAAUAUCAUCAAUGGAGAAAUGAAGAAAAUGUUCGACCAAGUUUUAUCAAAAUGAUUAAUUAUUUUCAACAAGCAAAUCGACAUUCAAUUGAAUGUCUUCUUUGUGAUAUGGUUUAUAGAAAUGAUCAUGGAACAAUUAGACGAAAAUUAUUAGCAGCUAAUAAUCCAUUUAAUGAUACAUUUCCUUCUUUAGUUUAA